AUGGAUUCUAAAAUAGCUCGCGAUACCUUUGAGUUUUCCAAUAACAUUGUUACUGUUGAUCCCAUCCAGGAUCAAAUUUACCGUUAUAAUAACGACGAACAGGUACAAAUAAAUCAAGAAAAGCCAUGGACUAAAGACAUUCAUUACUUUACAAAAGUCAAGAUUUCCGCGGUGGCUCUUAUAAAAAUGGUCAUGCAUGCUCGUUCUGGCGGAAAUAUUGAAGUAAUGGGUUUAAUGCAAGGGAAAAUAGAUGGUAGCACGAUGAUUAUUAUGGAUGCUUUCGCUUUGCCCGUGGAAGGAACCGAGACAAGAGUAAAUGCUCAAUCUGAAGCAAAUGAGUAUAUGGUUCAAUAUUUAACAACUAUUAGACAGGUGGGAAGAUUAGAGAAUAUAGUAGGAUGGUAUCAUAGUCAUCCUGGUUACGGAUGUUGGCUUUCCGGUAUUGAUGUGAAUACUCAAAUGACAAAUCAGCAGUACCAAGAUCCUUUUGUGGCCGUGGUCAUUGAUCCUAAUCGAACUAUAUCUGCUGGAAAAGUAGAAAUUGGCGCGUUUAGAACUUAUCCAGCGGGAUACAAAGCGCCGGAUGAAGGUCCGUCUGAAUAUCAAACCAUUCCGUUGAGCAAGAUUGAGGAUUUCGGUGUUCAUUGCAAACAAUAUUAUCAACUUGAAAUUUCACAUUUUAAGUCUACCCUUGACACACAUCUGUUAGAAUUGCUUUGGAACAAAUAUUGGGUCAACACACUAUCACAAUCACCUUUAAUUACGAAUCGUGAUUAUUCAGCUGGACAAAUUUCUGACCUUGCAGAAAAGUUGGAACAAACUGAAACGCAAUUACAACAAAGUGGCAGAGUUUCGGGUUUUCCCGGUGGAAUGAGUAGUGGACGUGGAGCUUCCGCUCCCCAAGCUGCUACAGCAACUUCUUCUACGGUUGGAGGUGCUAGCGGUGGUACUGCUACACCCACUCCGGAAAAGAGGAAAGUCGAAGAGAGUCCACUCAGCAAAGUCACUCGAGAUAGUACAAAAAUAACCGUUGAGGCAGCUCAUAGUUUAAUCUCACAAGUGCUCAAGAAUGUUUUAUUUAAUAAACCAUAA